AUGCGCAACAUGAAGAACACAGUAGUAGCUGGAAAAGAGUUGGAUAUAAAAAGCACUUCUAAUGUAAAUGGAAUGUGCCAUGAACUAAUGACAUUACCAAAUUCUCAUCAAACUGACAGAUCCAAUCAGUAUGCAACUCAGGACAAUGAUGAUUUCAUAUCAUUAGAAUCAAACAAACAAGUACUUCUCAUAAAGCAACAGGAUGAGGAGCUGAAUGAGCUUAGUGCAAGUGUGGAGAGAAUUGGAGGUGUUGGGCUUACUAUACAUGAAGAACUCCUUGCACAGGACAGUAUUGAAAAGAUUAUAGAUGAUUUAGGUACGGAAAUGGAGAGUACAUCAAAUCGUCUUGAUUUUGUUCAGAAAAAGGUAGCUGUGGUGAUGAAGAAGGCUGGGGCUAAGGGGCAGAUCAUGAUGAUAUUAUUCUUGGUUGUUCUGUUCAUUGUUCUAUUUGUUCUGGUCUUCCUCACGUAGGCUAAGGAGGAAGGAACCAUUCGGCAAUUGCAUAUAUGUGGAAGAGAGUGCUGAUGUUGAAGAAUAAGGUGGGAGUUCAUAAGGAACGUAGUGAAUUGAUUGGUGACGUGGUUUUCUUGAAUAAUUGUUACAUGGAAAUACUGCACAGAAUGAAAUUCUACCUUUUUGGUAGUGUUUAUAUAUAUAUAUAUAUAAAUAUAAAAUAUUUUCUGGUUUUGUUUCAGGAAGUGGUGUAGGUAGGGUUGUUUGUGAUUUUGAACAGAUUUGAGUACUAAAUAUAUGAGAUGUUAAAUAGGAUCAUGUGUUUGACUUUCUAUUUUAUUUGUACAAGCAUUCA